AAAAAACAAGGAAAAUCGAAAAGUAAUGGAGCUAUCGCUUCCACCGGACGUUUAAAUGUCACCGUCGUGGCCACAGCGACAGAGAUAUUCCACGCAAAAUUAAACCACACAAAGGUCUCCUUGCGGAAGGGAAGAGAGGGGGAGAGAGAGAGAGCGAGGAUUGCUUCAAGCGAGAACCUAGGAUUCUUGGAAACCCUAGCUUCCUCUCCGAAACCUAAGAUCUCGACGACGAUGGUCGGAACCCUAGCGGGCCUCCAAGAUCACCUGAAGCUAGCCAGAGAGUACGCGCUCGAAGGCCUCUACGACACCUCCAUAAUCUUCUUCGACGGCGCCAUCGCUCAGAUCAACAAGCAUCUGAGCACUCUGGAUGAUGCCAUCACUCGUUCAAAAUGGAUGAACUGCAAGAAAGCUAUUUCUGAGGAAUUAGACAUUGUCAAGCAGUUAGAUACCGAGUUAAAGGCUUUCAAGGAAAUUCCAGUGUCCAGGCGGUCCUCUUCACCCCCAAUACCUACAAAAUCUUUUGUUUUCCAACCAUUAGAUGAAUACCCGACUUCGUCAGGUGCCCCAUUGGAUGAUCCUGAUGUUUGGAGACCACCUAGCCGAGAUCCACAGAGCAGAAGAUCCUCGAGAGCUGGGCAAGCAGGUAUGAGAAAAUCCUCCCAAGAUGCAACAUGGGCACGUGGUCCUUCUAGGACUGGAACAAUCGGACGUGGGGCAAAGUCAAGUGCAAGUAAAAAUAGUUCGGGUGUCAGAUCAUCAACGUCAUCUGGGAAGAAAGGCAAAUCUAGCUCUAGCAAGGCAGAUUCACAGACUGGUGAUGCAGAGGAAGGAAAGCCAAAAAGGGGGCAGUACGAAGGACCAGAUGCAGACCUGGCUGCGAUGCUAGAAAGGGAUGUCUUGGAGACUAGCCCUGGUGUAAGGUGGGAUGAUGUUGCGGGGCUCACUGAAGCCAAAAGACUUUUAGAGGAAGCUGUUGUUCUUCCGCUAUGGAUGCCUGAGUAUUUUCAGGGCAUUCGUCGGCCAUGGAAAGGAGUUCUUAUGUUUGGUCCACCAGGUACUGGAAAGACACUUUUGGCUAAGGCUGUAGCUACAGAAUGCGGUACAACAUUUUUCAAUGUUUCUUCUGCUACACUGGCUUCCAAAUGGCGAGGAGAGAGUGAGCGCAUGGUUCGCUGCCUUUUUGAACUUGCAAGAGCUUAUGCUCCUAGUACAGUUUUUAUUGAUGAAAUCGAUUCUCUUUGCACUUCUCGAGGAGCUUCAGGUGAGCAUGAAUCCUCCAGAAGGGUGAAAUCUGAACUUCUAGUGCAAGUGGAUGGUGUCAACAACAGCUCUAGUGAAGAUGGUCAACGGAAAAUAGUGAUGGUCUUGGCAGCCACUAAUUUUCCAUGGGACAUAGAUGAGGCACUUAGGAGACGGCUUGAAAAACGGAUAUAUAUUCCUCUUCCCAAUUUUGAGAGUCGAAAGGAGCUUAUCAAGAUUAAUCUAAGAACUGUUGAGGUAGCUCCAGAUGUGGAUAUUGAUGAAGUGGCUCGCCGAACAGAGGGUUAUAGUGGAGAUGAUCUCACAAAUGUCUGUCGGGAUGCUUCAUUGAACGGCAUGAGGAGGAAAAUUGCAGGCAAGACGAGGGAUGAGAUCAAGAACAUGUCCAAGGAUGAGAUCUCAAAUGAUCCUGUGGCCAUGUGCGACUUUGAAGAAGCUCUGAGCAAGGUCCAGAGAAGUGUUUCUGCUGCUGAUAUCGAGCGCCAUGAGAAGUGGUUUGCAGAGUUUGGAUCAGCAUGAUACCUGGGAAUUUCUGGAGCUGGUUGAUUUGCAAUUAGCAAAAUCCAUGGGCCCUUUUUUUCUUUGCACUACCGUACUUCUCUUAGAGCAUAUGUACUGCUACUGAUUAUUUAUGCUGUCAAUUUUUUUUUUUUUUGUUAAAUUUUCUAGGCGCUGUAUCAUUGGAGCUGUGCUUUGUACUCGUGUGAAUUAUCCACAUAUAAAACUCUGUCAUGGCAAAGUGACCGCUUAUUGGAACUAUUCCAGCUAAUCUUGUUAUAUUA